UUAUUAUUAUUAUUAUUAUUAAAUCAAUAGUCCAGAUGGCGACUAUGUGUAGAAUACCAGUUUUUCCUCACCUCAUGCAGGGUAAGUUGGAGAGUUUGUAAAAAUGUGCGUUGUUUGAUGAAAAUGCCUUCUAGCCGGUCUUAUUAUGCAUAUGUUUUACCGAUGUAAGUGUAUCUCAUAACUUUUUAUACCUGGCUAUGGUAAUGAAUGGAUACUGGAUUGGAUUUUUGCAUGUCUGUGUGGUUACUUUUAUCCUGAUUGUCAGUAGUUGUGGCGUUAUGACGUUAUCUGUGUUGGGCUAGCCAUAUUUCAUGUUCUAUAAUGAGUUUCCAAAUACAAUGGAUUGUCUCCAAGGGGAAAAUGGUAUUGGACACACAAAUCAGCUGUAGGCUGUAUAAAAUAGAUAGAACAUCCUACAAAUAGGUUACUAUCCAUACAUAGCACUCAUUCAUUUGGUGGCUGCAGGAAAUUGUACUCUGAUGAUCUGAAUAGAUUACUAAAUGUAUGACAUGGAAAUGUGUAGCCUUUAUAUUUGGAUAUUCAAAGCAGUUUGUGAGAAUAGGUCAUGAGAUGAACUCCCUGUUUGAUGAUUGAUGUCUGAUUAGCUUAGCAACUAGUAUUGUAUGUGUGUAAUAAAGUAGCCUAAUGCAAUAUCUGUAUGGUAUUUUAAGUAAAGAAUAUCCAUACAAAGAAGUGGAGAUUUGUAUAUGUUUCUAUUGUUGUUCUCAGAGUGGUAUUUGAGAGACCUGCAGUGAGAGCAGUCUGUCUGUAUGCAGAUAUUGUUCUCCUUAUGGAGGAUAGAACAUUCCUGUGGUGGAAUGGAAUGAUUAUGUAACUCAAGACUCUGCCAUCAGUAGUGGGGGUCUUAAUGUCUGGGCACAGAAACACACAGUGUCUUAAAACAGCUGCAUGUAAUUGUGUCUAGUGUGAGGCGUGAUUUUAGAAUGUGUGUGUGUGUGAGAGAGCUUGAGUGUGUGCUUGUGUAGUUAACCAUUACAGUAGUAAAUCAAUCAAGAUGUAUAAUAAAUAACUAAUAACAUAAUGCAUCCCCUCAGAUCGGUGUGUGGACCCAGGUCUGUCUCUGUCUCUGGGCAGGAGUGUGAUGGCUGAGCCGGACUAUCUGGAGGGGGACUGUGAGGAGCUGAUCAAACCCAAGAAGCUGUUGAACCCAGUCAAGGGCUCCAGAAACCACCAGGACCUCCAUCGAGAACUCAUGAUGAACCAAAAGAGGUGAGGGGACUGGGGGCGACACUGGGGCAACACAACACACACUUCACUUCUCCUUCUUCCCCUCCAUUUCUCCUGUUUCUACUGCAUUUUCUUUCUCAGUUGUCUAUAUCCGGGUGAUCCUUGUCUUACUCAAAAGAGGGAAACUGUAAACAAGUUUCUAUUCAUCAAUGGAAGAUAAACACAAUUUUAUCUUCCAUUGACUGACCCACACAGGGCUUAUCACUGUGUUAAUGUAGACAUAAAUCCUGGCCCCUACUGAGGAUGGAUGAGAUCCAAGCCAAUGGUGGUUAUGAACAGUUUAUAACCUUAUAUUCAACUCAGAAUCUUGACUGUGUGAUCUAUCAGAGGUUUAUGAUCGCCUACUGUUUCUGUUUGUAAUCCAUUGUUUACUCGGGGUCAGAUAGGUUGUCCUCCAUCUAUUGGUUAAGAUUAGGAUAGAGGGUUUAGUCAGCUGAUCCUAGCUCUGUUGUUAGGAGUGUGUGACAGCGUUCUACUGCAUUGUGUUGCUAUGCUAUGACAUCCUGUAUCGGGGGUACCACCGGGGGAGAUGCAUCACAGUACUGUUAUGUAAACCUUAAUGCAUGAAACUUUAAUAAGAACUAUUAUAUAAAACCUUUAGUGCAUUCUGCUGUCUCAGAACUAUUACGUAAAAACAUGCUCUUACUGCACGGAAAUGUUCCUCCUGCCCAAACACUUUCAAUAUUAUUAUAGCAACACAGAAGCACACAACAAUCACAAUCUAUAACUUUUACAAUCUAUAACUUGUGUUUCCGGUGAAAAGUUCUGCCUCUGCACUGAGCGGGUGGGUAAAAUAAAUGGGUGGGUCUUGGUAAAUUCAGAAUUGUAUUUUGUAUUUUUUGGGGGGGUUGAAUGUUUUUGUAGUACCUUCAGUUGCCACUGGGGAAGAUGUAAGUCACAGAAUGGACUGUGGCAGCAAAUCACACUGGUUAUGCGUGAAUGCUCAUUUGCGUUCAUUUGUGACUGUGUGUGCGUGUGUUUGACAGCCUCAGUGCUGAGGCUCAAGUCUUUUCUCAUGCUAAAUGGACAAAUGCCCAAGGCCUUGUUACUAAGCUAUAUAUAAACACACACACACAAACACAGUGUGUACUGUUGACAGAUGUUACAUCACUGUGCCCUGUCUGUUAGCACGCUGCACAGAACCAUGUGGAUUAUGGACAUGAACACAGGGCUCUGGAGUAUGGAGGGAUGGAGGGAGAGGGGAGAGAGAUGGAGGGAGUGGGUUAGGGGUGAAAUAGAGAUGGACAAGGAUUGUGUUUGUGUUAUGUGUGUUUCAGUGUUGGUAUGAGGUAUACAUAUAUAUGAUUUAGAAGUGAUAUGAAAGAGGAGAUGUUUUGACAGGGUUUUAGUAUUCUUUGUGGAGGAGAUGAGGGGGAAAAUACAUAAGAGAGAGGAUAGGGGACGAGAGAUCCGGAGGAGAAAAGAAGGAGAUAAUAUUAUUGAGAGGAGAAGGAGAGGAAGGGGAUGGAGAGAAAUGUUUGGGGUGUAGCGGAGUAGUGAUGAUGAGAGAGAUGGAUGGUUGAGAGAGAGAGAUGGAUGGAAGGGAACGUUGUGCAAGGAGGAUUAGAACACCAUACCCCUCAGAGGGUCUCUCACUCUUCUCAACUACCUAUGAUGUUCUGUCACACAUACAUGCGCGUGUGCACAGAGAAAAAACGGUUAAAACUGCAUCUUUGAGUCUAUAAUUUAACCUCUUCUGAAAUCACUUACUCAGGUCAGGAAGAAAAAAAGUUAAAAUGUACAGUGAUGGAGGUCAGGCUAUAUAUAACACACACAUGCACACCACACACUAUUCUAUCCUAUUAGAUAUAAUCUAUUCAGAACACUCAUUUACCUUCUCCUGUUUUUGUCCUACUGAACAACCUUUUAAGUUGAAACCAGGGCAAUAACGUAAUUAGACACUGUAUAAAUUAAGUAAAAACAAGAGUGUUUCAGCGUUCCGAUUUUUAAAAAAUAUUAUGGGAAUAUUGUAGUCAUCUCACUAAUAGUUGUUUGUACUCAGAUGGCCCACUCCUCUUUCAGAUUUAAUAUCUGAAUCAUGAAACCCAAACUUUACACAGUAGCAUAACAACAAAAUGGAAAUGCCCGUUUCAUUUUUUAAUUUAUUUUUUAAUUUCACCUUUAUUUAACCAGGUAAGCCAGUUGAGAACAAGUUCUCAUUUACAACUGCGACCUGGCCAAGAUAAAGCAAAGCAGUGCGAUAAAAACAACAACACAGAGUUACAUAUGGGGUAAAACAAAACAUAAAGUCAAAAAAUACAACAGAAAAUAUAUAUACAGUGUGUGCAAAUGUAGCAAGUUAUGGAGGUAAGGCAAUAAAUAGGCUAUAGUGCAAAAUAAUUACAAUUAGUAUUAACACUGGAAUGAUAGAUGUUCAAGAGAUGAUGUGCAAAUAGAGAUACCGGGGUGCAAAUGAGCAAAAUAAAUAACAAUAUAGGGAUGAAGUAGUUGGGUGGGCUAAAUCCAGAUGGGCUGUGUACAGGUCCAGUGAUCGGCAAGGUGCUCUGACAACUGAUGCUUAAAGUUAGUGAGGGAGAUAAGAGUCUCCGGAACACAUCUCUGGCAGAGGGGACAGCUCAAAUCCCUUUUCAGAAUUUGGAAUGAAAGAAAGGGAUAGCUAUAUUAGGAAAGAGGAUGAUAUGAUUUGUAGACAGGCGGAUACAUUUGAUUGAUUGAUAUUCACUAAUUUUGUGUCUCAACACUGAUCUGUGUGUAUGGUCAAGUCAAGACCCGCCGCCAUCAUACAUUUCAUCACAUAAUCUCAAUCUCCUAAUCCCAAUGCCAAUUCCUGUCCAGUCCAGCCAUGGCCCCCAGCCUGCCUCAGAUUACUGGAUGUGGGCUAAUCUGGGAUGGCUCAGCUUUAUGUAACUUUCUCUGAAAUAUGAAGUGAUGGAUAAAUCAAUGUAGAACUGCCUGUCUCUGUCCAAGUACAAACUGUAAUCAGAUCAAUGGCUAGUUGUGUUUGUGUCUGUGUAAGUAAAGUGCCUUGUCAUUGGCUGUGGAAGAAGUAUAAUAACAUCUGUGAUUGGUUGUUUCUCCUAGGGGCCUGGCUCCCCAGAACAAACCGGAGCUCCAGAAGGUUCUGGAGAAGAGGAAGAGAGAGCAAGUUCUCAAGGCUCAGAGGGAGGAGCAGGAGGCCCACACCAAGAGGAGCGACCUGGAGAUUGAACUCAUGAAGAGACAACAGAAACUAGAACAGGUAGACACACAUUCUCUCUCACACACACACACACACACACAGUGUUACUCAUACACACCCAACACUGUAAAGAUAGACAGACCGACAGCAUUUGAGAAAAGGGAGAGGGAGAGGGCAGUUGGGGAUCACACACACACACAUGCACACACACACACUAAAAUGUACUUGUACUUACAUGUACAGUGAGGGAAAAAAGUAUUUGAUCCCCUGCUGAUUUUGUACGUUUGCCCACUGACAAAGACAUGAUCAGUCUAUAAUUUUAAUGGUAGGUUUAUUUGAACAGUGAGAGACAGAAUAACAACAAAAAAAUCCAGAAAAACGCAUGACAAAAAUGUUAUACAUUUAUUUGCAUUUUAAUGAGGGAAAUAAGUAUUUGACCCCUCUGCAAAACAUGACUUAGUACUUGGUGGCAAAACCCUUGUUAGCAAUCACAAAGGUCAGACGUUUCUUGUAGUUGGCCACCAGGUUUGCACACAUCUCAGGAGGGAUUUUGUCCCACUCCUCUUUGCAGAUCUUCUCCAAGUCAUUAAGGUUUCGAGGCUGACUUUUGGCAACUCGAACAUUCAGCUCCCUCCACAGAUUUUCUAUGGGAUUAAGGUCUGGAGACUGGCUAGGCCACUCCAGGACCUUAAUGUGCUUCUUCUUGAGCCACUCCUUUGUUGCCUUGGCCGUGUGUUUUGGGUCAUUGUCAUGCUGGAAUACCCAUCCACGACCCAUUGUCAAUGCCCUGGCUGAGGGAAGGAGGUUCUCACCCAAGAUUUGACAGUACAUGGCCCCGUCCAUCGUCCUUUUGAUGCGGUGAAGUUGUCCUGUCCCCUUAGCAGAAAAACAUCCCCAAAGCAUAAUGUUUCCACCUCCAUGUGUGACAGUGGGGGCGGCAGGUAGCUUAGUGGGUAAGAGCGUUGUGCCAGUAACCGAAAGGUCGCUGGUUCUAAUCCCCGAGCCGACUAGGUGAAAAAUCUGUCGAUGUGCCCUUAAGCAAGGCACUUAACCCUAAUUGCUCCUGUAAGUCGCUCUGGAUAAGAGCGUCUGCUAAAUGACUAAAAUGUAAAUGUAAAAAUGUGUUCUUGGGGUCAUAGGCAGCAUUCCUCCUCCUCCAAACACGGCGAGUUGAGUUGAUGCCAAAGAGCUCCAUUUUGGUCUCAUCUGACCACAACACUUUCACCCAGUUCUCCUCUGAAUCAUUCAGAUGUUCAUUGGCAAACUUCAGACGGCCCUGUAUAUGUGCUUUCUUGAGCAGGGGGACCUUGUGGGUGCUGCAGGAUUUCAGAGUUUCACGGCGUAGUGUGUUACCAAUUGUUUUCUUGGUGACUAUGGUCCCAGCUGCCUUGAGAUCAUUGACAAGAUCCUCCCGUGUAUUUCUGGGCUGAUUCCUCACCAUUCUCAUGAUCAUUGCAACUCCACGAGGUGAGAUCUUGCAUGGAGCCCCAGGCCGAGGGAGAUUGACAGUUAUUUUGUGUUUCUUCCAUUUGUGAAUAAUCGCACCAACUGUUGUCACCUUCUCACCAAGCUGCUUGGUGAUGGUCUUGUAGCCCAUUCCAGCCUUGUGUAGGUCUACAAUCUUGUCCCUGACAUCCUUGGAGAGCUCUUUGGUCUUGGCCAUGGUGGAGAGUUUGGAAUCUGAUUGAUUGAUUGCUUCUGUGGACAGGUGUCUUUUAUACAGGUAACAAGCUGAGAUUAGGAGCACUCCCUUUAAGAGUGUGCUCCUAAUCUCAGCUCGUUACCUGUAUAAAAGACACCUGGGAGCCAGAAAUCUUUCUGAUUGAGAGGGGGUCAAAUACUUAUUUCCCUCAUUAAAAUGCAAAUCAAUUUAUAACAUUUUUGACAUGCGUUUUUCUGGAUUGUUUUGUUGUUAUUCUGUCUCUCACUGUUCAAAUAAACCUACCAUUAAAAUUAUAGACUGAUCAUUUCUUUGUCAGUGGGCAAACAUACAAAAUCAGCAGGGGAUCAAAUACUUUUUUCCCUCACUGUAACCUAUCUUACUUCUCUAUCUUGUGUGUUAAGCUUGAGCUGGACCAGCAGAAGGAUGAGGAGGAGCAGGAGAACACCCCUGAGUUUGUGAAGAUGAAGAGCAACCUGAGAAGGACCAAGCAGGAGGCCGAUGGGGAUGAACUUACCACUUAG